AUGUCUACAUUGCCUGUGCUAGACAACGCUGACAUGUACCACCUCCACUCGGAUGUACAAUUUCAAGAUGGUUGUUCAGUCAUUCACGAGAUGCUGAAACCAAAGUGUGGAGAGUCCAUUCUCGAUCUCGGCUGCGGUACCGGACGACUGACUAUGCAGUUGGCAUCUCUAGUUGGUGACUCUGGUCGUGUGGUCGGUGUUGAUCCUGACUCGUGCAGAAUCGCUGUAGCAAACGAGCAGCUAAAGAAGAUGGAUGAUAUCCCUGUAACGUUUCAGUUGGGCAGCAUUCGUGAAGCAGUUCCACUUGGUCCAUUUGAUGGAAUAUUUAGCAAUUACGUGUUCCACUGGGUUGAACGUGCCGAACGAGCAGAAAUGAUGCAACAGAUGUAUGACAGUUUGAAACCAGGAGGACGAAUUAUGUUCUUGGUUAACACCAAUCAGACACAGUCCAAUGUCAUCGUUCGUGAUAUAUUUCGUCUUACUGAGCCAAACCUAGACGAAGAGUCUGCAUCAGGCAUUAAGAUGGACGUUCCUUCUGUGUGGCUGCAACACUGCAGUGAUGCCGGAUUUGUCGUUGAACUGUCAGAGGUGUUCAUGAGAGAGUGCACGGAGUCAAAUCUGGAUAGACUACUUCUAUUUAUAACAGCUUCCAUUCCUAAUUUUCAGUGCAGUAAGCUGACAGACGACGGUCUGCAGGAGUUGAAUAGCCGAUACAAAACAGGGAAUGGUGACGAGGUUGCCUGUUCUGUUAGACAAUUAAAAGUGUUGGCUAGAAAAUCAGAAGAAUAUUGA